UUUGUCCUGUUGUGUCUCCAUCUUGGCAGCUGAAAAGUCUAAAAUUACUUGGUCGUCUUUUUUUAGCCUCCGCUGUUUUCAGACAGUCCAACCUGCUGCCUUAAGUUUGGAAAGUAGAAAUAACUUUAGUGAAUAAACACUGCUUUUUUUGUUUACUGCAGGCUUCUGUCUAAGCUGGGACCGAGUUAAUACUUGCAACAAAACAAGAGGUUAGAGAGUAAAUCUGGUGCGCAGCGUUUCAGUUCACAGCCCCGGUGUCAACUUCAGCGUGUGCCCGCCUGGUGAAGCUUUAUUUCGGGGAACGACGCCCAGCAAUGAACCGCAGAUCUGCCACACUGGAGCACUAUAAGGCAGGCAUGUUGCUGAGUGGUGUUGGUGAUGCUCUAGGAUACAGGAACCAGCUGUGGGAGUACAAUGAGUCGGGACCUGUUAUUCACCAGGAGCUGAAGGAGCUCGGCGGUCUAAAGAACAUCAAGGCUGAGCUCCCAGACUGGCCCGUAAGUGAUGACACGGUUCUGCAUCUGGCAACGGCUGAAGGCCUGGCAACUGGGAAGACGGGGGAGGAGCUCUUGCAUGAGGUGGCUGCACGAUAUGUGGAGGGUAUGAAAGACAUGGACGGGAGGAAACCAGGGCCUUCGAGCAUGCUGGGAGUCUCCCAGCUGAAGCCUGGAGAGGAAGGGGGCUACAGAGUGGCCUAUAACCCAGAGGGGACUGGCUGUGGAGCAGCCAUGAGGUCCAUGUGUAUUGGCCUCAGGUAUCCAAAGCCUGACCAGCUGUUGUCUUUGGUGGCGGUUGCCGUGGAGACAGGCAGGAUGACCCAUCCUCACCCCACCGGUUUCCUGGGAGCGGUAGCAUCGGCCCUUUUUACAGCGUACGCCAUCCAGCGCAGGCCAAUCACGACGUGGGGUCUAGGCCUGCUCAGUGAGGCCUGUCCAAUAGCGAAGAACUUUGUUCAAGGUCGAGGCUACGCUGUCGAGGAGACAGAGAGAGACUGGGGCUACUUCUGUGACAAGUGGCAGUGGUACCUGGAUUUCAGAGGCAUCUCUAACGGGAUAGGGCCUCCGGUUUUUCCCUCUUCCUACAGCCCAGCGGAGAGAGAUGAAGCCUAUAAGAGCUUCAGCCUGUCGGGCUGGGCGGGACGCAGCGGACACGACGCUCCCAUGAUAGCGCUCGACGCCCUGCUGGGAGCCGGUUCGGACUGGGAAGAGCUGAUGAGCAGAGCAGGCUUCCAUGGAGGCGACAGUGACAGCACAGCAGUGAUCGCCGCCUGCUGCUGGGGUCUCCUCUACGGCACCCAGGGGGUCCCUGAAGGCAACUACUCAAACCUGGAGUACAGAGACCGGCUGGAGCGUAGCGCAGAGCAGCUCUACGCCCUGUCACACUGAGAAGGAUGUCAAAGCCUGCAGUACUGACAGAGGGUGUCCAAACAACUUGCAGUGAAGGGGAAACUAGGCCGUGGACUCUUGACACAAUGACGUAGACUAGCUGGUACGCUUGGUAGUACAUCGAUAUUAAUGUGCUGUCACAUAAGCAAAGCGUGGUGUCAUACUUGCCUGAAGGUGAAGCAGUGUCCCACUAACCCAAAGAGGAGUCAUUCUGCCACAACAAGAACUGUGUGCCUUGUGAUAUUGGCACUGAGCCUCAGCUGUAUUAAAAGGGGUCCCCCUAGUGACCAUUUUAAAUGAACAUGCAGUUUUUUUUUUUUUUUAAACCACUGAGUGUAACAAAUCCAAGCUAAUGAGAAUGUGUAGAGAAUACAAAAAAAAGUCCCCUGGGACUCAAUUACUUCAUUUUGUCUCUCUGACAUAACAGCAGCUGCUUAGCGAGCUUCAAAUUAAAUGCGCUCGUUAUGGUCUAAUGAAAAAUAAAAAGUUGUGUCUCAUUGUAGUUGUUACUUCAUGCAGUGCAGAGCAGAACUGACUGCGAUACUUACAAGCACAAUUAAUGCUGCAAUAAAUUUAAACAAACAAAUCUUUGUAGUUGAGUUGAAAACUUUAUUUUUUGGUCAUUGUUGUUUUUAUUAUUUUUUUUGUCUUGUCCAUUUUUUUUUAUUAUUAAUUAUAUUUUUCUACAGAAGAGAAGAGAAGCAAAGGGGGUGGUUUUAACUACAAGAUCGAGUUAAAAAAAA